CAAACAUAAAAUCAAUCAAAGGGAGAAAAAUAAUGUCAUAUAAAGUAUGAUAGCUCAAUAAAGAGAAGAGAUUAUUACUGUGUUAUGUUUACAAGUGUUAGUGGGCAUAGCAUAAACCAUUUUUAUGCUUCAUAAGUGGAUCAAUGAGUGUAUGAAUAGCAUGGAAAUAACACCUGCACUUUUAUCAUGUAUGUCCCUCCCUUCACCUGCAAAAAAAAGUAAAUAAGCAGAAAUCCUCUCUGAUUUCUUCUCAGUUCCUUUCAUCCCACCAUGGCUCUUCAGCCUUUUUUCCGCUUAUCAUCUGUCGUAUUAUUGCUUUCACUCAUCAACUAUCUUGGAGCCACAGUUGAUAAGCAGUCACAGUAUUUCACCCUCAUGAAAAGCUCGCUCUCAGGUAACGCCUUAUCCCAAUGGAGUGCACAGGCAGAGAGCUCAUACUGCAAUUACACUGGAAUAACCUGCAAUAUUCAAGGCCAUGUUAUAAAGAUGAAUCUUACAGGACAAUCUCUGAAAGGCUCGUUUCCUGCAGAUGUGUGCUCCUACCUACCAGAGCUGAGAUUUCUUGAUAUUAGUAGAAAUGAUAUCACUGGCAGUUUUCCACAAGGCAUCAUUAACUGCUCGACUAUGGAAGUUCUCAUCAUGAAUAAUUUAUUCCUCAGUGGGAGGUUGCCAAACUUCUCUGGCAUGAAAUCACUCCGGAUUUUGGACUUGUCGCUUAAUAAAUUCAGUGGAGACUUCCCACUGUCGAUUACAAAACUCUCCAAUCUGGAGGUGAUAAACUUCAAUGAGUGUGAUCAUUUCAAUCCGUGGGAACUUCCAGAAAACAUCACUCGGUUGGUGAGGCUUAAAGAGUUGGUUCUGUCAACAACCAUACUUCAGGGAAGCAUUCUUCCGUCCCUAGGCAACAUGACAUCCCUUGUUGAUCUCGAACUAAGUGGGAAUUUUCUGAAGGGUCAGAUUCCUCCAGAGCUAGGGAUGCUGAAGAACCUCAAGUAUCUCAUGCUUUACUACAAUGAGCUGAGUGGCAAAAUACCCGAAGAGUUGGGAAAUUUAGCAGAGCUUACAGAUAUAGACAUGUCAGUCAACUUAUUGACAGGGAAAAUCCCAGAAUCCUUAUGUCGUCUUCCCAAACUUCAAGGCUUGCAGCUUUAUAAUAACAGCCUCACAGGAGAAAUUCCAGUUGUUCUGGGGAACUCAACUACUUUGAGCAUAUUAUCUGUGUAUGAGAACUUUUUGACAGGCAAGAUUCCCCAAAAUCUUGGGAAUUCAUCACCAAUGGUCGCAAUAGACUUGUCGGAGAAUCACUUCUCGGGUGAACUACCAUCAGAUAUCUGUAGAGGAGGUAAACUAUCAUACUUUCUUGCUCUUUCGAACAUGUUCACUGGCAAGAUACCUGAAACUUAUGCAGAGUGCACAUCACUUGUACGUUUUCGUGUCAGCAACAACCGGUUGGUUGGUUCUGUACCUGAAGGAAUUCUUAGUCUGCCCAAGGCAAAUAUAAUUGAUUUGGCUGACAAUCAAAUGAUUGGAACCAUACCUAGAGCAAUUGCGAAGGCAAAAAAUAUGUCAGAGUUUUAUAUUCAAAACAACAAAAUAUCAGGAAUUCUGCCACCUGAGAUUUCAGAAGUAGUCAAUUUGGUGAAAAUUGAUCUAAGCAACAAUUCUCUAUCUGGCCCUAUACCAGCUGAACUCAGUAAACUCAAGAAGCUAAAUCUCUUAUUGUUACGUGACAACAAUUUCACUUCCUCCAUUCCAGACUUACUGUCCCAGCUUAUGUCACUAAAUGUUCUCGACCUCUCAAACAACCAGUUGACAGGGAACAUCCCUGACAGUCUAUCUAAACUUCUUCCCCACACCAUUAAUUUGUCAAACAAUCACCUUGUUGGUCCUAUUCCAGGCCCACUAAUUACAGGAGAAUUGGCAGACAGCUUUUCAGGUAAUCCAAGGCUUUGUGUUCCUGCACAUACAUAUCCAUCAUAUAGAAACUUCCCACUUUGUCCACAAACUCACAAGCAGAAACGCUUGAUUUGGAUAUGGGUGACAGUGGCCUUAGCUAUAGUUGUGCUACUACUUGCAGUUGUAGUGUUCCUAAAACUCUGCUCAAGAAAAAAGAAGUAGGUACUAGGCCAUUCAAUAUGAAUAUUUUUUGUUAGAUCAAUUUGCAAUAUUAUAUUCAACAAAAAGAAGUUGUAUGUUGAAUAAAAAAGUAGUAUAUGAAAACCAAUCAAUAUAUCACCAUCUAUUACCCAUAUUAAAGCAAUGAUAUAGUGAGUUACAAUAUAAAACAUUUGUAAUUUAAUACACUACUUUAAUGUUCAACAUACUAUUUUGUUAUUGAUACGAACAGAAAAUGUUCACAUAGGAUAUGACCACGGUAGCCCUCGGCAAUAAUGAGCUUUAGGAUCAUCUUGCCAUUAAAGUAAUGUACAUACCUUUCUAUACAUUAAAAAGUGCAGCCAUGAAAAAUGCCUUCACACAAUAAAGUGUUGGGGUUAAACCCUGUUGAUUUCCAGGCUAGUCAAAGUUUUUUAAAGGUUCACAGAGAAAAGAGCAGCACAAGAUGAUAUCUCUAUUUCUUGGUUGGUGCAAUUGGUUGGUGCAAUGACAAUACUGCUACACAUUCUUUCCCCUAAUUACUAUGACAUUAAACACUUUUCCUAGAAAUCCCAAAAAGUAGUACAAGCAACAAGACAAAAGAUGACAAUUCUCAAGCUACUGAAGCAUACAAGUUACAAACAGAAAAUUACUUAAUACUGGACUGAA